AUGCUUCAAAUCCUGUCAACCCUCCUAUCCCUCUCAACCACUACUCUCCACGUCCAUGCGCAUCCUCACCAAGCUCAAGCAGAGACACAGUCACCAGCUGUACACGCAAAUCCGAGAAGUAAUGCAAACGCAAAUUCUGUCUCUGUCACUGGUGGCCAUGAAGCGACCCUCUGGGCAACCCAUUACAAUGGAAACAUCUACACCCUGAGUCUCAAGGGAGACAACCUCUCCCUUACCGAUACACAGAAGACAUGUGGUGAUAUGCCAAGCUGGUUAACUUUCGAUGCGGAGGCCAAGAUACUCUACUGCUCUGAUGAGAGUGGAACUGCGGAUCCGGAUACGCAUGGCACGUUGAGCGCUUAUUCUGUUGGUUCCGGAGGGAAAUUGAACCAGGUAGCCAAGGCGGAGACAGUUGGUGGUAGUGUGAAGAGUGUGAUUUAUGAAGCUGGACAAGGCCAGAAGUAUAUUGCCAUUGCGCAUUACGAAGGCUCUGCCGUCUCAACCUUCAAACUACCCCUCACAAAACCCAAAAACACCCACGCCAAACAAGCCCUCCACUUCACGAUGUCCCACAACGGCUCAACCCCACAACAAGACUCUCCACACCCCCACUCUGUCUUCCUCGAUCCCACCGGCUCAUUCCUAGUUUCCCCAGAUCUAGGCGCCGACCUACUCCGAAUCUACAGUAUCGAUCCCCACUCCGGACAUUUACAUACCUGCCAACCGGUGAAUGUAACAUUCGGGUCGGGUCCACGACAUGGAUUAUUCUGGACAGAUGGGACGAAUAACGAGACUGCGAAUGCAGGUGGUGAGUAUGGCAGACCGACGCAUGAAAGACAGAUGGCUGCUGUUGGGAAGACAAUCCUGUACCUCGUCAAUGAGAUUGGAGGGACGAUGAUGACUUUUGAUGUUUCUUAUGCGAGGUCUGGGUGUUUGGAUCUACAGCUUAAGGAUACAGUUGUUCCGUAUCCUGGAGAAGGUUCUCAGGAUGGUAUCAUGCCAUCUGGUGCGACGCCUGCUGAGAUUCGCAUGGUUGGGGAUCGGUUUUAUGUUUCCAUUCGCAGUGAUGAUGGUUUUGCGCCGAAUGAUUCGAUAGUUACCUUGGAGCGGGAUGCGAAGAGUGGAAAUGUGGAUGUUCUGAGCAAGAGUGAUGCGUGGGGAAAGGUGCCACGGACGAUGGUGAUUAAUCGGGCGGGCGAUUUGGUCGCGAUUGGAAACCAGGCUUCGUCUACCGUUGCUAUUGUGAGACGAGAUCGUACCACCGGGGAUCUGGGGGAGGAGGUGGCUAUUCUGAAGGUUGGAGAGACAGGCACGGUUGGAGCAGCGGAGGGAUUGAGUAGUGUUAUUUGGGCAGAGUGA